AUGAUCAUCGGCGGGGCGCCGCUCAGUCCGGACACGCAGCGGGUGAUGCGCGCCUUUCUCAACGUUAAGCUGCUCAUUGGCUACGGCUCCACGGAGACCUGCGCCGGCUCCUUCAUCACCGACUUUGACGACAUGUCCAUCGGCCUGAUUGGCGCCCCGCUGCACGGCGUCAAGCUCCGCCUGCUGGACUGGCCCGAGGGCGGCUACUCGGUGAAUGACAAACCGAAUCCGCGGGGUGAGCUGGUCAUUGGCGGCGACAUGAUCACCAAGGGCUACUUCAAGCUGCCGGAGCAGACGGCAGAGGCCUACGAGGAGCGCGACGGCGUCAAGUGGUUCAAGAUGGGCGACAUUGGCGAGGUCUAUCCCAAUGGGACGGUGAAGAUUGUCGACCGGAAGAAGGAUUUGGUCAAGCUGCAACAGGGCGAGUACAUCUCCCUGGGCAAGGUCGAGGCGGAGCUGAAGAACUUCAAGUACGUGGAGAAUGUCUGCGUGUACGGCGACUCGCUGCGCACCUUCAUGAUCGCCUUCAUCUCGCCGAGCAUCGGCGCCCUGAAGCGCCUGGCCGUGGAGCACGGCAAGGGCGACCUGACGCUGGCGCAGUGGUGCGAGGACGAGGAGCUGGUCCGCCUGGUCACCAAGGAGCUGGCGGAGUUUGGCGCCGAGUGCGGCCUCAACCGAAUGGAGAUUCCGCAGCGCGUCAAGCUCUGCCACGAAGNGGAGUGUUAA